UAUUUGACCCAUGGCUUACCUCUGUUCCCUCACGCUGAAGCUGCUCCUGACUGCUCUGUAGAGAACACAGAACAAACACUUAUGGAACAGAGAAAACACAGAAAGGCAUAAACUGGGCUGUAAACAACAUUUUACAGAGGAGAGAUGGAACUGUCUAGCUCACUGGUGUUGGUUUUAGUCUUGACUGUGUUGAUGAUGGUCUGGUGGAAGAGGAAGGAGAGUAGACUUUCUUUGCCCCCGGGUCCACUGGCAUUGCCACUGAUUGGAAACUUACUGAUCCUGGAUAAGCGUGCACCCUUUAAAAGCUUUAUGAAGUGGAGUAAAACCUAUGGGCCUGUGAUGACGGUGUACAUCGGGUCUCAGAGAAUGGUGGUUCUGGUCGGUUAUGAUACAGUCAAAGAGGCUCUGGUGGACCAGGCAGAAGACUUUACUGGCCGAGCACCCAUUCCCUUUAUAUUCCAAAUUCUGAGAGGCUACGGACUGGUCAUCAGUAAUGGAGAUCGCUGGCGUCAGCUGAGGAGGUUCACUCUCACUACACUGAGGGAUUUCGGAAUGGGACGCAAACGAAUGGAACAGUGGAUUCAAGAAGAGAGCAGACAUCUGCUGAAGAGCUUCGAGGAAACCAAAUUGACACCGGUUGACCCGGUUUUCUUCACAAGCCGGGCGGUGUCCAACGUUAUCUGUUCACUGGUGUUUGGCCAGCGCUUUGAUUAUGAAGACAAAGAUUUCCUGGGCUUGCUGCAGAUCAUCUCCAGACUUCUGCGUUUUAUCAGCAGCCCCCAGGGUCAGCUGUACAACGUCUUCCCUAAACUAAUGCAACUCUUGCCUGGCAGACAUCAUGCCAUGCUUAAAGAGGUAGAAGACAUUAAAGCCUUCAUCUCAAAAAAAAUCAAGGAACAUGAGAAAACUUUGGAUUUUGAUGACCCAAAGGACUUUAUUGACUGCUUUCUUCUCAAACUCAGACAGGACAAACACAAUCCUGACACAGAAUUCCACAAAGAUAACUUGCUGGGGACUGUUUUGAAUCUGUUCGUAGCUGGCACAGAGACCACCAGCACAACUCUCAGAUACGCCCUGAUGCUUCUUAUCAAGCACCCUCAUAUACAGGAGCAAAUGCAGAAGGAGAUUGACAGGGUUAUUGGACAGAAUAGAAUCCCUACAAUGGAUGACAGGAAGUCUCUCCCCUUCACUGAUGCUGUUAUACAUGAAGUACAGCGCUAUCUGGACAUUGUGCCACUAAAUGUUCCCCAUUAUGCCACAUGUGACAUCUCAUUUAGAGGUCACACAAUACCAAAGGGCACAGUCAUUAUUCCCAUGUUGCACUCUGUCUUAAGAGAUGAGGGACAAUGGGAAACCCCUUGGACCUUUAACCCAGAGCACUUUCUGGAUGCCAAUGGAAACUUUAAAAAGAAUCCAGCUUUUAUGCCCUUUUCUGCAGGUAAACGCUCUUGUGUGGGUGAGUCUCUGGCUCGUAUGGAGCUCUUUCUGUUCAUCGUGUCUCUGCUUCAGAGAUUCAGUUUUAGUAGUCCAAAGGGGCGAGAUGGAGUAGACCCCAGUCCUGAACUCAGCAGCUUUGCAAACAUGCCUCGAUUCUAUGAUCUUAUUGCCUCUCCCCGCUGAGCAACAGAGAUAUUGCACCUUGUCUCAUUUUACAAAAAUGUUUUUCUUUGAUGGUUCACAUUCAUACCAUAGUUCAGUAGUUCUCUUUGAGCACAGGCUUAAGAAUAUUGAAGAAGCACUGAACAUUUCAGGCCACCUAUCUCUGGGUCAUCCUGCAUUGCCAGUUAAAGUAUAAUUGAAUUACUGCUGUUUAUAAAAUGUGCUGUAUAUAGAAUCAUUUUGUGCCUUGUCUUGUGAAAAGUGAAUAAGGGUUAAGAUAAAGACAAAAUAAUAGUAUUAUAUUUGUGUUAGUGCCAAAAGAACUAUGCCAAGCUGUAAUUGAUUAAAUAUUUGAUUUUCCAACUGAUCAAAUAAAACUAAUCAAUUUGCUAAA